CUGCUGUGCUCUUGCUAUGAGGGGAUGGGCUCUUUGCUGAGCACCCCAUGCACAGACAGGAAAAGCUCUGCCGGUUCACCCACGUCAGGGUUUUGUGCCUCGUGGUAAAUUAGAGGUUCGCUCAGCACCGUGCGAGGCCUUAGGGCUGCGGGGGAACCGCGGACGGCAGCGGAGAAGAGCGCGGUGGGGCCGGGCAAGCCGAGCGGAGCGGUGCCCGUGACCCGACUGCGGGCGGGGGCUCCUGUCCCCCAGAGCGGUCCCUGUCUCCUGAGGAGAGUGAAAAACACCGGCCCUGCUCACAGAGUGUGUGAAGGCGGAGUUGGAGGACGAGGAGGCAGCCCGGCAGGCCCCCGCCCAUGGCAGCGCUGGCCGGGGCAGUGGUGCCGCCGGGGCAGGAGCAGGGACAGGGACAGGCCGUGGUGAACGGCGUGUCCCAGGGCAUGGCUCUGACUCUGCGGGAAGGGAUCUGCGUGUUCUAUGACCUAGAGCAGGCACAGAUCCACGUCCUGCAAGAAGAAGGGCAAGAAAAGAGUUCAGAAAGCAAGGCAACUGAGAAACCCCCAGACGUGCUCCUGAUGGAGAUUGACAGAGAUAAUGAUGCCAUGGCUUUUGAAAAUAACAUCCAGCAGCUGAGCCCAUCUGAAGAGGGGGAAGGAAAGAAACUUUUUCCUACAGUUGGGGAAACAAAGAGCCAAAGCUGCAAAGCUGGUGAAAAUUUGUCAGAGUUAUGUAAUGAAAGUAAAGAGCAGGAACAUGCAACUGCAUCAGAACAAACAGUUGUAAAAAAUUCCAAGAAUCUAAAAUUUCAAGCUUGUACACUACGUCAGAAAAAAGGACAAAAAGAAGGUUUCAGCUGUUGUUUCUGCACAUUCACCUCAGCCAGAUUGUCAAAUCUGAAGCGUCACUUGAAAACCCAUUCUGAUGAGAAACGUUACUUGUGUCACCUCUGCCCGAAGGCUUUUCGUACAGCAACUCUGCUGCACAACCAUGUGAACACACACACAGGGACCAAACCCCAUAAAUGCAGUGAGUGUGAUACAGCAUUUGUGACCAGGGGUGAGCUGUCACGACACAGGCGGUACAAACACACCUUAGAAAAACCUUUCAAGUGCACAAUAUGUGAAUACUGCAGUGUAGAAGCCAGCAAAAUGAGACGACACAUUCGUUCCCACACAGGAGAGCGUCCCUAUCCCUGUGACCUGUGCAGUUAUGCCAGCAAAGAUGCCUAUAAACUGAAAAGGCACAUGUUAACUCAUACAGGGGAAAAACGCUAUGAAUGUUGUGUUUGCCGGGCCAGAUUCACUCAGAGUGGUACCAUGAAAAUCCACAUGUUACAGAAGCACGGAGAAAAUGUCCCAAAACACCAGUGUCCACAUUGCAGUACCCUUAUUUCCCGAAAAAGUGAUUUGGGUGUCCACUUGCGAAAUCUUCACUCCUACAUGGAAGAGGCCAUCAAGUGCAGCGCCUGUGAGGCCGUUUUUCACGAACGCUAUGCUUUCCUUCAGCACAAGAAGACUCACAGAGGAGGAAAAAGAUUCAAAUGUGCUCAGUGCAGCUACACAUGUAAUCAGAAAAAUAUGCGUAAGCAUGCUGAAAAUUGUGGACUGGGGAGGGUAGAGACUGCUGCACCCAGAAAAAGAAGCACGGGGAAAAAUAAAAUCCAUGAGAACCCUAAGCGUGUAAAGUCAGAAGUUACCCUGAAGUCAUUCCAAGAUGUUUCUACUGUGAAAAAUGGACAUUGUGCCAGUGAGAUUGUUCCUGUUUUAGAUGGGAUAGAAACAGCAGCUCUGAUAGAAGACUAAACAGAAGCGACCUGUGAAAUGGAUUCUCAACACAGUGGACAAAUACCUCACAAACUGACUGGUCUUGCUCGUUCUCAGUGGUUGUAACUGGUCAUUUCAAAGUGUGGAACUACCUCCAGUUAGAAAGUUGGAAAAGGUGCUGGUUGAAAGCUGUUGAAGCCUCUCUGUGCUCGUGUUUCUUCUUGCUGCAAUUUCUGCUGUGUAGCCUAAGUACCACUGCCAAAGUGUGAAAAUUAUAGGGAACCUUUGCCUGCUUUAUUACAUAAAUGUGAUAACA